GUAUCGCCGUCUGGUGUCCCUAUCCUCAAGGCAAUGGUACUGCGUUACGUAUCGCCGUCCAGUCCAUGCCCGGUCAACUACUGCGUUACGUAUCGCCGUCCAGUAGUGACCCGACCAUCUACCGCGUCCAGUAGUGGCCCAACCGCCCGGGGGUUCAAUUACCAUCAUCCAUACAUCACAAACACACACAUACAUAGCACAACGCGUGCCUCCACUUUAAGUAGGCGGUGGGAUGCCUCACACACAUAAUCGCGCUUACUUGAAAAUUAAAUAACAUAACUGAAUUAAAUAGGCAUAAACUAAAAGACCUCGACGGAGAUUUUACCCCCUUUACACUCACCUUAUAAAUGGUUGCACUCCGCAGUCGAUAUGAACUCCUUAAUCCUCCAAGCCAUGCUCAUGCUAGUUUCCCGUGAUUUGCAUGCUUCACAACCUACGUAAUAUCCCAUGAUCAAUUUCCGAUUUCGAUAGCAUCCCUCCUCCUACCUCUUAAAACUCUUCAUGUAUAUUUCCUCAAAUUUCUACAAUUUACCAACAAUCCCUUCACGAUCCUUACUAUCAAUCAUGAAUUAAGUAAUUAAAAGCAAAUCUCCCUUGACUAUUCGAUUCACUCCCUAAGAAUUAACAGAUGGACACUUGAAAGUCAUAGCCACAUGAUCUUUCCAUUAUGCACAAGAACUAGAUAGCUUUAUCAAAUCGAUUAUUGUGAAAGAAUCCAACCAUGCUCCAUCACCACUUUUCAUAACCCAACACUACAUCCACUAAAGGACGAUUAACCCACCAACCUUCCCAAGGUUAAUUCUUAGUUCACGGAAGGAAAAAUAUAUAUAUAUCAAAAUAUUAUGUUUCCCAAUUCUUUUUUAUACUCCAACCCUUCCCAUUAUCUUCAUAAUCCUUGCACGCACAUAUGGACAAGGUAGAUAAGUGCUUACCUCAUCUUCCUCCCUGCACUACUUCUCAGCAACGAUGACACAUGAACCUGGCAUUGAGCGGCAAUGAUGAUUUUUGGAGGCUGCUGGUCGGUUGCCGCCUUACUUCCUUUAGAUCGAGGGUCUCUCCCUCUUUACCGGACACUCCCUAUCUCCCUUUUGCGACGCCUCUGGUUUCCAUGAAACCCUCUGAGAGCCGAGAGUUGUAAGGAAAAUGAAAAGGCGUCUAGGGGUUAUGGGCUGCAAGGGUUUUAUUAGUUUUUAGGUUGAGGCGAGAGGGGGUAGCGGGUCUAGGGUUUAUGUGGUUCAAGGGUAUUUUGGGAAUUUCAACGGGUGAGUUUAAUCUGAAACUCAAUUAACGGAUGUAACUUUUGUGUUUUAUGACAAAACUCGACACCGCUUAAACCGAGAGUUUACAUUUUAGUCCUCAUCGAUAAUACGGUGGAACUUGACCCAAGGGUAAAAUAGUCAUUUUGACUUUUGGGAAGAGCGGGGUGUAACAAUCGCAACCUAAUUCUAUCUUAAAACGAGGAAUCAUCAAUUGAUUUACUAAAGUAGGUCGGUCGAUUCUUUGUUCAAUCUGCUGGAACUGAUAGGGAAGGAGUGUCUAAUUUUGUUCCUUAUUACUUUGAUCGAUCUAUUAGUAUAUUGGAGAUAACCCUAAUUUUGGCGUUUGCUCUCAAGUUGUGAUGGUCCCCUCUUAGGUGACUUGUUAGCAUAUAGUUGACUUGAAUCAACAACUCUUUAUUCCUUUUUGAUUAGUGGCAUAUUGUUCCUAAAAGGAGAGCAUCGAACCUUUAUGUAGGAUUGCGAGGUUUAAGAUCUAGUUUUAAACUAUCUAUGGUUCGUGAGAGAAUUUCAAUGAGCUUUUAUACUAUAUCUUUCUUAACAAUUAACUAACUAAUAGAAUUUUACCGGGGAUUUAAUUAUCAUUUUGAAAAUGAGAUCAAGAAUACAUUUUUAUAUUUCUCCAAAUGUUCGAUCUAUAUAUUCUUUCUUUAUAUAUCAUCUUGAUCGAAGGAUUGUCAAUAAAAUUAAGCGAGUUGAUAGAUUUAAACGUAACAUGAAAAUAUAAAUAAUCAAAUAUAAAUAUUUCGACCAACGAGUCGGGUUAUAAGCUAGUGAGAAAACGGAAAACGGAAGCAAUAAAAGUUAUCCCACGGAGAAGAAGGGCUACGUUGUGAAUUGUGAUGGGUGGACCAGGGUGGUUGAGGCGAACAUGAGCUCGGCCCAGGCCCAAUAGCACAGUAAAUGUGGCAUAAUGGAUUUAUCAGACUUUGCAGGCCUUAUGGGCCUUAAUUAUCUGCUCGUUUGCUCCAGUAUUGCAUUGUAAUUUGAUGGCUGUUUAAUCUGAAUAUAUCUGAUUCCACAUACCACAAGCUGUGGGUUGGAUGGUUAUCUCUUUUUAUAAGCUAUUUGCGGUCAUUAUUUUGAUGAGUAGAUUGGGUCAAAUGAAACCGUUGUUUGGAUGAACAAACUUCAGGUGAUAUUUCGGACCUGAAUUUAUUGAAUGAACUGGUAAUUGAAAGGAAGGGGAGUUAAUUUUAAUUAACAUGGUUGGGUCUAUUUUCCUUUAGAUAACCAAAUUUCGCCUCUUGCUUUUUGGUUGAAAUGUGAAUGUCUUUCUUUGAAUAAAAAAUGGAUCGAGAUUCAAUUUGAACUGAUUCAAACCGAAUCAAACAAAUCAAACAUGCUUUUCUAUAAGUUUCUAAUAUAGAACCGUUCCUUAACCCUGGGGAGUGUAAUUUGGAGCCCAAAAGAAAAGCGGAUGGGAGAGGUCAGAGGAUCCCAUCACGGGCAGAAGAUCCAGGGAUGCCUCGCGCGUACCAGUUGUGUCAUAGGCCCGAAGAGUCCAUCAUGCGUUAAGCCCAUUAAGCUUUCGAUAAUGUUUUGGAGGAUUGGGAAUCAAUAAUUAGGGGUGGGCAACGGGUACCCAUUCUCAUUUGAUGAGAAAAUUCUAUCCCAUGUUUCAAACCCGUACGAGUUAACGGAUACCCGUUCCCAUUUGAUGAGAAAACUCUAUUAUAUGUCUCAAACCCGUAUGAGUUAACGGGUACCCAUUACUCGUACGAGACAGAUAACGAGUACCCGCGGGCCGCGGGUAAUCCAUAGAAGGAGUGGUUUGGGAAUUUCGCUAAUGUGGUUUGAAAAUUUUGAUUGAUCAUGCAAAUGUAUAAAUGUAUUGGCCCAUCCACUGCAGCUAGCCUUGCAAGCAUAUAUUGGUCGACCUUAAACAACAUAAUAAGACCACUAAAUCAGCAAUAUCCCUAACCAAGAGAACAGGGAAUCCACGUCUAUACAUUGGCCAUUUCAGGGAUUGUUUAAUCCCAAACAAGGACGAGAAAUGACAGAGUUGUAUACUAAAUAGAUUUCCUACUCCUCUUCGUGCUAUAUAUACCAGCAAGCAACCAGCAUAUUAGUCCGCAGCGGAUCGAAGACAUAAGAGAGCACUGGCCACAUUUGAAUAGAAUAUUAGAUACCAUAAAUAAAAAUAUAUAAAAUAUAGUUUAAUUACAAUGCCAAUUGUACAAGAAGAUCUUUAAUUACAAUGCCAACGGUUAGAAUCUAGUGCCCCACUCAAUUGAGGCAAUCUAAAAGAUAACUCAGCAAGUUUGUAAAUAUUUUCUUAAUCAAAAGAGUGGAAAGAAAACCAACUCGACGGGCUGGCGGAUUUGGGUCUGCUCGUCUCCUCGUUCUUGUUUUGUUUUGGGGGGAUUGUGAAUUUUUUGAAUUUUGCAAGGAAGGGUGUGCUUUAGUUUAGAGUUUUUAUUUUAUUUUAAUGAAACUUUACACUUUUAUGUUUUCAUGUCUUUUUUCAAAUAAAAUCAUUUGGGAUAUAAAAAUUUAGUAUAAAUUUAGAGUGAUGGUUUAGAUAUGUUCAUCUGAACCAUUUUCCUAGUUACACAAAAUCCUAUUAUCAAGUAAAACUAGACAAGAUUUUAAAUAUCACUGAGCCAAAUACCUAAAUCGAAAAAUUUAUAAGCACUAAACUAACUCUGAAUUGGAGGAGGGCUGGGCCGGGGCCUGGGUUAGUCCAGCCCUGGAUCCGCCACUGAUAUUAGUUCUCAUCCGUCUGCAUACCAAACGAAGGGAUGGGAGGGUUGAACAGGUAAAAUGGGUACCCGUAAUAUACCUAAACGAAUAUUAACGGGUAACCCAUAAAUAUACCCAAAUACCCGUUUCCUUGCCCACCCCUAUCAAUAAUUGCAAAACAAACCUGAUUUCCCGUUGCCACCCCUAUUAAUAAUUGCAAGACAAACCUGAUCGUUUGUUAUUGUUAGAGGUGGCAAUAGCAGGAUGGGUAGGAGAGCGGGAGAGCGGGAGAGCUAGUAGAAUUUGAGUUUGGAUUCGGUAUGCUCUAAUAACAUUUGUUGAAUUUGAUAAGUUAAAUAAACUUUUUUGGAACUUCAAUUAUUAUAUUCUGAUUUGAAAAUACAAGCUCACAUUGUAAUUGAAACCCACCACACUCUAAUAUUUCUCUCAUUAGUCAUUACACCCUCGGCCCUCCCUACACCACUCACUUCCUUUUCCACUUUGAUCACUCUUAUUGUUUGUUAAAAUAGUUUUUAGAUGAGUCAUUUGAAUGUUAUCGCUUUGUCUUUACAUGUUACACAUUUUAUUUUUCUUGUUUCCUAUUGUAAUAAAGCCAACCACGAAAAUUUUCAACUAGCAUAUACCACAUCAUUUGAUUAUUAGUCAUAUAUAACACUAAUAUUUAUUUUUUAAUUAUAAUUUUAGCUUAAGUUUCUUUACAAAUCGUAACAGACUAAAGGGUUCAAAGUAUAUAAUUUUACAAAGAAAUAUAACCUAUAUUUGAAAUUGGUUUCCAAAAUAACAGCUACUUUACUAAAAAAAUAAUUGAAAAGUAGUAUUGGAAUGCAAAUAAUUGAAAAAUAUUGGACUUAUCAAGGCACAAUAGAGAAGGGUUAGUAUAGGUUUCAUGGAAAAAAAGGAAAGGUUGAAACUGAAAAUCAGUGACAAAAUGACGAGUCAUUUGUUGAUAAAUCGCGGGAUGAAAUUCAUUUGUAAAUGACUCAAUUGAGUCAUUUGAGAUUUUCGAUGCAAUAAAAUGAUUCAUUUUCUUUCUCUUCAACAAAUGAAUCAUUUGGUCCUAAAUAAAUCAAUUGAAUCUUUUAUAUCGAAUGACUCGUCAAAAUACGAAUUCUGAAAGUUGAAUCUAGAAAAUCAUAAACGAUAGCAAAGUCAAAUUCCGAAAGGGAUUCGGGAGGGCAAUUUAGAUUUCAGGGACGAAAGCUGAAGUGAAAGCUUUGAUUUGGUGUUUGGUUGAUGUUAUUUCCUUUGAAACCCAUUUUCUGUUGGUGGUUUCGCAAUACAGGCUUGCAUUCAUUUGAGUAGAUUAUAUGUAUAUUUGCUGGUAGUAGCGGAAAGUGUUGUUUGCGAACGAGAAAGGAGGAAGAAGAUGAGAAUGGUGAUUAAUUGAAGGGUGAUAUUGUAUUUCAAGUAUUUAUCAUGAGAUGAUAAAUGAAAAGUGUCACAUUUAAAGUUUUCAUCCAAACAUGAUAUUUUCAACAAAAGCCUUUCAUAAAAUGUGUGUUUUUGUUAAAGAAUCAUUUGGAUUUAAGUGUCUAGUUUGAGAAAUUUUUGAUUCAACCGACCACUCAAACUAAUGUAGUUAAGAGGGGAAAAAACUCAAUUCUUGAUAUUAUUGUUCCAUCCAUCACCGUCUCUGUUUUCGUUAUGAAUUAAGGUCUAUGUUCUUGAUCUAUUAUAUAUUUGAAAUCACCUAAUUCAAAAAUCUGAAAUGUUAGGAUCUUUGCCUACACUAACAACUUCAAACUCACCUAACUCUUUUCUUCUUCUUCAAAUCACUAAUCACUACUUAACUAAUUGAUUGCAUAUACUUAGGGGUCUGGAUGGGCUGAUCAUGGAUUCUGGCAAAUUGGGUCCAGUUUGAUGUAAAUGAUGAUCCCACGAUGGUUGAGUUGUUGGUACUUCGGGAGACUAUCCAGUGGCGGUUUGGAUUUGAGGUUUUGCUAGGAGGUUAGGUUUGAAGGCGAUGCCAAGGUUGUGGUUGAUGAACUGAAUUCCGCCAAUGGUAGCGAUGGUCGGGCCGGCGCCAACUUUCAAGAGGUUUUGCAGCUUCUGGCAAUGCAUCAAGGUUUUACCGUGCGAUUUGUAGGACGAAGUAGCAAUAGGGUAGUCCAUGUGGUGGCUCGUAAAGCUCUUUCAUUGUACUCAACUACAUGUUGCUUUUUUUUAUUUUUAUUUUAUGGCUUCAUCGUGUGACAGGAUAUACUAAUAUGUUCUCAAUCAAUAUAAUGACUAUUUUUUGUCAAUUUUUUUUAUUCCAUAUACUUCGCAUUUUUUUUUUUUGGUGUUCUAGGGGAGCUGGUGAUUGGUGAAGCAUAGCAAUUAUCAAGGAGCUAAACAAGAAAGCCGGCCGAAAUCCAAGGAUAGGUAGCCCUGUCGUGAAAUGACUUUACUUUCGGGGAUCAACAACGUUAAACAUACGUUGACUGAAGUGAUAACACAUUCAGAAGAUUUCAAAACUUGCACACAGAGAGAAUCAGUGCAGCAUGCCAUUAUUCCCAUCUGUAGGGUUGAGGGCAAUGAUUUAAAUGAUGGGCCAACGACCGCAACCACCGUGUCCACGCCUCGGCAAACCACUGUUUGCGCACAAACAUGACGUGAUGGUCGAAAAUGCACAUCAGUCGUUCGACGGAUUGCCUAGGAGAGUAGAGACACCCUCUUGACCGCCUCCAAUCUAAUAAAACUGAAACCCUAAACCUAACCUAAGCUAAAAUCUGGCCCGUGCCUGCCAGUUCUUGAGGCGCGCGAAAUAUGCAGUUACAAGCAAUCAAAGGUUUCAGCAAAUUGCUCCAGCUCCGCCAGAGUGUGUCCCAUCUCCUAGCUAUACAUAUAAUCUAUCUGUUACAAACAGGCCGUUAAUGAACCAAUCCGCUUAUGAAUGACUUGACGUUCGACUUGAGAAAAAUUUCUUCGAAGUUCGACCCCAUUUUUUGAUUGAGCCGGCUCGCGAACAAGCUCGUCGAUUAAUGAGCGCUUGAGUCAUGACAUGUUCAGCUCGAUAGACUCGCGAACAAAUAGUCAGAUAGCUCGAUAGCUAUACUUUAGAAUGUGAGCCAAGUUCGAGUAUGAGUUUGAGCUACAAUCGACAUUUUGUUAGAUAACUCGAUGUUUAUUUGUUAAUCUCAUCCGGGGACUUCGUUAAAUAAAAUAUGAUAGAACUGCUUCUAAUAAUAUCUUCUUGGUAUUUUAUUUUCGCAAUAUGGAGACUUCAUUUUAUUUUUAUUCUUGGACGUUGAUUUGAUGUAAUAUAAGAGGAUAGGGUUUGGAAGCAUGUAGGAAGAAGAGAAAUUUGGAGAAAAGGCCAACAAAUGCUCCUCCCUCAAACCAAAGUACUCUCUUCCCAAAAGGCGUAUUUAGUAUUUACCUCCGUUUCGCCCAAUCACCGAUUCACCGUCCCCGUCUAUUCUUUUCCGUCAAUGUCAUAACGAUAAAGGUAAAGGCUCAAUUUUUUUUGACGAAUAGAAGGUAAAGGCUCAAUUGAUCCCUAAACUAUAGGGCCAGAACAAAUCUGUCUCUAACUUUAAUAUCUCACAGAAUUCCGAUGGAAUAAUAGGAUUGAUUUGGACUAGUAAUUUCUCACAGAAUCCCUACUUAAUUUGUCUGAUUAGUCAUGAGUUGGCUCAAUUUGGGGACUCAUUGAGCUAUUUACAGCUCAACGAGCUACUUGAUCAUCGGAAUUCAUGUUUGUGUUUUUACCGUUUUCAAUGUUUACUUUUUAUUACUAUUUGGUAGGGUGUUCAAAUGGUUACCGUGGUAAUAACCAAACCAAUUAAGUCUAAAUUUUAUUAACCAUGGAAUAAAAUGUCUUAACCAAAUCGUCCAAAUUAACAUGAAAACCAAAUUAACCAAACUAAAGUUUAAUGGGUUUGGUUAAUCGGAUAAUCGGAUAAACCAAAUAACAUAACAUUACAUGAAAACAAACAUAAAUUGACAUUUUAUAUAAGCAAUAAUAAUAAGACUAACCAUCCAUAAUUAUCAUAAAUUCAUCAUCAUUCGAGUUAAUACAUCAUUCAUAAUCUCUGCAUCUAAUAUAGGUAGCUUACAACAAAACGCUUAACAUAAAUACAUACCAAUACCCCUCAUUAGGAAGUUAAAGCUCUCAUACAAAACACUUAACUAUACAUAGUUUGUGGUGGUUGUCAUGGUAUUGUAUGUAAUCCUAAAGUCUAGUAGUUGUCCAAAAUGUUUUGGUUUAGUAAAUAUAGACAAACCCAUUUAAUUUUUUUAUCCAUAAUGUUUUGGUUUGUUGUGCACAUGGAAAUAAAAUAGGGAAUCACGAAAGUUUGGGUUGGUUGGUUGCAUGAAAGUAUAAAUAAUUUUGUAUAUUAGGUGUAUCAUUAAUUGGUUAAUUGGUUAGCGUUGUUGAAACCAAACCAAACCACUUAAACCAAAUAAGCUAAAUUGUUUAACCAAACCAAACCAAUUAUCCAAAUUAAUCAAACCAAAUUAACCAAAUGCUACCGAUUAAUAUGGUUACGGGUUACCACGAUAACCAAUAAGUUUGAACACCCCUACUAUUUGGAACUUAUGAUAAUAUUACCAUUUUCUUAGCAAAAAAACCAACUAGUGCUUAGCUCGACAAACUUUAUUCAUGAGCAUUCAUUAAGUCAAAGUUGAGCUGGAUUAUUUUAAUCCAGGCUGAAUUGAGUUGAUCAUAUCAUGUAAAAAUCUGACUCGACUAAGCUGGAUUGCAACCUUAUAAAGUAUGCGAGAAUUUUUUUAGUUUCUAAAUCAUUUAGCUAUACCUUCGAAUUGAUAAUUGGCCUAAAAUGUUUUGAACUCGAAGGAAAAUGCCUACCGAACUCUGUAAGUGCUGCCACGUCACUUGUCCAAUUAGUUUGGUAAUCAAAACAAACAGGUAUAUACUGCAAAGUUUAGAGGGCAAUAUGGGUAAUUGGGCCGAACCCUAACGCCGUCAUAAACUCCUCAACCCUAGUAACGGAGGACGCCCCAGUCGACGGAGACGGACGGCAAGUCCUGCGUGGUCCCCUCCCCAUCCUUCCGUGCUGCUGCUCCUCUUCGAAAUUCGUUUCACAUCAAAGACCUCACUUCCAGAAAAGAGGAAAUCAAUUGGCUUUCACCAUUUGGCACCGCCCCUUUCUAUUUCCGGACCAAAACAAAAAAACCGCAUUCCCACAGUUUUCUCUUCUCCUCCUCCUCCGCUCCUAAACAAACCGAGAGAAGAAGCAGAUUCGAUUCGAGCAAGCUGGCGAUGGCGAGGGGCAAGAUCCAGAUCAAGAGGAUCGAGAACUCGACGAACCGGCAGGUCACCUACUCCAAGCGCCGCAACGGACUCUUCAAGAAGGCCAACGAGCUCACCGUCCUCUGCGACGCCAAGGUCUCCAUCAUCAUGUUCUCCAGCACCGGCAAGCUCCACGAGUUCAUCAGCCCCGCCGCCACAACUAAGGGGAUGCUGGAUCAGUACCAGAGAGCUCUCGGCGUCGACAUCUGGACUACUCACUAUGAGAAGAUGCAAGAUCACUUGAAGAAGCUGAAGGAAAUCAACAGGAAUCUGCAGAAGCAGAUAAUGCAAAGGAUGGGAGAAUGCUUGAACGAUCUGGAGUUCGAGCAGAUGCGCGCUCUUGACGAUGAGAUGGACAACGCUGUUAGGAUCAUCCGCGAGCGCAAGAAUCAGGUGAUCUCCAAUCAGAUUGAGAGGCACAAGAAAAAGGUCAGGAACGUGGAGGAGAUACAUAGAAAUCUUCUGCAUGCAUUUCAAGAGAGAGAGGAAGAUCCACAGUAUGGUUUAGUGGAUAAUGGAGGGGAUUACGAGUCUCCAGCUGUGAUUGGCUUCCCAACGGGCGGCUCUCGCAUCUUCGCUCUGAGGCUGCAGCCCAACUACCACAAUCUCCACAGUGGGACUGGAUCCGAUCUCACCACUUUCCACUUGCUCGAGUGAAGAUUGGAGCAUUUGAGGGAGCAGAUCAUCUGCAUCUUCUUCUCUGUGGAUGUUCAAUGUGUUGUUGUCCAAUAUCAACCUUGUCUACUUACUACUACUACUGCUACUGCUAGUCUCCUCCUACUGCUACUACAAAGAAUGGAUGGAAAGCUGGAUGCUGUAAGGUAUUGUAAUGUGUACUUGUACUAGAGACUAGGCAUCUUUGAUGGAAAACUCUGGCUCCUGAUUUCCUUGCCUUGGUCUCCAAACUAUAAAAAAAUGUAUCAUGUAUCUGUGUGUGUGUAUGUUAUCUGCGGUGAACUCAAUUGUGGUUGUGUCUUGAACUGUUACAUGUCAGGUUUUGUUGACUUGUCUAUGUAAUUUGUAUCUUGACCAAGAAAUUGAAGUGUUCCUUAUCGGUUUUUAUUUGUAAGUAUUCGUGUGACUGAAGGCUAAUUCAAACCUAUGUGGCUAUGAUGGAAACAACAUAGGUUUGUUGUUCAUAGCCACGUUUAAGAUAUGCAAUAUCGUUUAGCUUAUUGAAUUUUUACUUUAAUGUUCCAUUAUUCCUAUCAUAUAGUUUGUCAUCUUUGUUUAGAAUAAAAUUGGUAUAUUUGUUAUUUUACGCGGUAUGUAGCUAGGGCUUCUAUACCUACUUUGAACAAUACUAGUUAUCUAUAUGCAAUAUAUUCUAUAUGAGGUAAUGUUGUACUCUUUCUAACUCGUUGAUCAUAAAUAGCUUCCUAACAAAUCUUUGAUGAAUUAAAGUUAGACUGAAAUUCUCCAAUCUUCUUCAGAAAAGACAAAAUUAGACUAGUUAGUCCCAAUAACUCGAGUUGUUGGAAGAGGUUCAAUUGUGGAUCAUAUACCACAACACUAACACGCCCCCAAUCAUAAGGGUUUGAAGUUUGCACAGGUUUGAAGACAAGAAUACCAUGUGUUUAACAAAUGGAGGUCACCGUGAAUCGAACACAAGACCUCUCGGUCACAGAAGGCUCUGAUACCAUGUCAUAAACCAGUUGGUCCCAAUAACUCGAGUUGUCAGGAGAAGGUUAUGCUGAAUUUUAUACCACUCUCUAACAAAUAUAUUGUCAGAUACAUAAGAGCAGGAUAUUUGAACAAGUAUACUUAAGAGAAACGAGUUCCAAAUAUCUUUUCUAAACUUUUUCUUAAACAUGAUUCAUCAUACAAAUGAUUUAGAUUGCUCGAAUGCGCUUUCUUGAUUUAUCACGAAAAAAGAAAACAUAAUCCGAUCACACAUAUAUACAAAGAACUAAUAAUUUAUGAGUAUAUCAUGGUCAGUAACAUGCAAAACGAAGAUAAAUACGAUACGCAACUUGUACAUGUAUGUCGAACUAGAGGCCCCUACAUAACAUUACCUCUUUGCCACGUACAAUAGACAUGAUUAAUUAAUCCCAUAGCUUUGACAAGAGGUUCUUUAAUUAUAUUGUUUGUAACCAACGAGCUAGCUACAUAUAUUAGAUCAGCCGUUGUCCGUUGAUGCUAUCUAUAGGGAUAGGGCCUAGGGGAGGUUUGCUGGUGGUGGGCUUUCCGAAGGCAAUCUAUCGUACGUAUAGAGUUGGAGAAUAAUGGAUGCUUCUCCAUUUUAAGCUUUCUUUCCCUUGACGGGCAUCGCCUUCAUGAAACAAACACCACAUCACAGAUGCCGAUUUUACACCUCAACACACAAGUUAUUCGCCACUCGUCCUUUCUUCCGUUUGGAUGUGGUUUUUGUUUUGGUUCCAUCUUAGCUACCAUGUGCAAAACUUUCGCUGUGGAGGGUAGGGGAGGCCAUAGAUUAAAUCAUAAAAUUAAUU